AUGGCGGAAGCGCUCGGUGUCGCGUCCAGCGUUAUUGCAGUGGUCGAUCUAUCGGCCAAGGUAUUUUCCUUAUGUUUGCAAUACUCCCGAGAGGUGAAGAACUCCAAAGGCGACAUCGAAAGGCUCCGCAAAGAAGUUACUACCUUUCAGGACAUAACCGAGAAACUCAAGGCUCUCCUCGAAGGGCCUCGUGGGAGGGAGCUGAAAGCGUCUCAACAGUUAGUGUCUGCGAUAGAAGGUGGCCACUCAACGCUGGGAAAGCUUAAACAACGGCUCCGACCUUCGACUAGUUGA